AUGGCGGCCGUCCAGGACCAAGCGGCCAUCGACUUUGCCAGCUCGCUCACCCAAGCCGAAAUUCCUACUAAGCUGCGAUGUACCACCUGCAGCAAGCUCGCCACCAAUGCCUUCAAGCUCCAAUGCUGUGACUCGUCCAUCUGCCAGGACUGCCAGGCUACUCUUCCUGACGCUUGCCCAGUAUGCAGUCACUCUCCUCUGGAUCCCGACAUGUGCAAGCCCAACAAGUCGCUGCGCAUGACCGUUCGUGCUUUCAUCAAGGCCGAGGAAAAGAAGAAGAUUGCCGCCGCUGAGGCUGCUGCAGCCGCACAAGCUGAACAAGAGGAGAUCGCCGCCCAGGAACCGGAACAAUCCACAGAACAGCCACAAGCAGACUCCAGCAUCCAGGCUGAGCCAGCCGCCGAACAGCCGCAAGAAGAAGAUGUAGCCUCUGCAGACGAGACUGAAGGUGCUCUUGCGCCAGAGGCUACUGACCCUCUGCCCAGGUCGAGGAGUGAAGACCAACAACAAGACCAGAAUGGACAGGACGCCACUCAGCAAAACUUCCAAAACAUGGACUGGAACGCUGCCAAUGGAUUCAACCCUAUGAUGAACAUGGCCAAUGGAUUCAACCCCAUGAUGGGCAUGAUGGGCAUGCCUGGAAUGAACCCCAUGUCCAUGUUCGGCGGUUUCGGUGCCGGCGGUAUGGGCAUGCAAGACAUGAGUGGUAUGAACAUGGGAAUGGGCUUUGGAGGCGGUUUUGGUGGCAAUUGGAAUGGACAGCAGGGAAUGGGCGGAAACUUUGGCGCUGGCUAUUAUCCCAACGCUGGAUAUAAUCAACCGCAAAUGCACCAAGGAGGCUAUGCCAAUCAACAGUUCCCCAAUCAUAAUAACUACCAGAACCAGAACCGCUUCCAACAGCGUGGUGGCUUUGCUGGCCGUGGGAGAGGCGGUGCUGCGUUUGCUGGUGGGAAUCAAGGCCCAUCUAACCCUGAGGCUCAGCAAGACGACGCUGCUUAUCCUCAAGAUGCCGAACGAGGCGACCGUCGCCCCUCGCAAGCUGGCACUGAAUCGGCUGAAGCUGGUGCUGAAAGACGCAACUCCCAAUCUGUAGCUUCUGUUCCCCAGAUGCCUGGAGAUGAUACUCCUGCCCUAGAGCAACAGCCAGACACUAUCAAUGAGGACACUAACGAACAGACCCUACAAGGUGAAGAGCAAACNAGAAGGUCAAGGUCUUGA